AUGUAUUACGAAGACGAACAAAGAAGACUUUUGAAGCUUUGGGAAGAAGUAAACGAUGAAGAAUCAGACAUUGGCUCGAUAUCUGAUGAUGAACCACCGGAUCACAUAAGUGAGAAUUCCUACCACUCAAACUCGGAAGAGAAGCUUCCAGAAAUACGUAUUCUAGUUGAUAGCCAAAACAAUGAACGCCCAGAAGUCUCUGAGACUGAAGAACUGAACAAUGAAGAUCCGUGCACAUCUAGUACUCCUACAGGUCCUAGUGUGUCUGGAUCACCACUUCCUAAAAGAAAUUUGAAGAAAUUUAAAGAAAUUCGAAAAAAUUCGAAGACUUCGAAGAAAUUCGAAAAAAUUCGAAGAAAUUCGAAUAAAUUCGAAGAAAUUCGAAGAAAUUCGAAGAAAUUCGAAGAAAUUCGAAGAAAUUCGAAGAAAUUCGAAGAAAUUCGAAGAAAUUCGAAGAAAUUCGAAGAAAUUCUAAGAAAUUCUAAGAAAUUCUAA